GCGUAAUGGCACCUGAGCUGAUACCAUGAUUCCAAGAUGGUGCCUGUUAAACCUAAUAUUCACCAGGUGGUCAAUGCUAGAGAAAAUAAGCAACUAAGCAGGCAGAGGAUAUGAACAGACAUGUGGUAUGGUUCUACCAUGUAGUCAGUGCUAGAGAAAAUAAGCAACUUUUAGAUAUCUUCGCUGACAAAGCACACUAUAUGGUCGGGCCUCUGUUUCCACAGCCUGUGAAAAGAGGCAGCUUUGUUAACAAAGUACGUUAUUAGGCUGGUAUGACUUGGAGUUAUAUAAAUGAAUUCUGACCAUUUACUAUUGCGGUGGCAAAAGGUGAGAAUAUUUUGACCAGGCCUCAUUAGAAUAGCAAGAGGUAUUCCAACUGAGUGUCCUGGCUUGGGUGUGACUUGCAGCACCCUAUCAAAAGUGCAUGAUAGAGAGUCUGGUGAGUAAAUGAGAGCUUACUAGACAGAAGCAGUGCCCUGACUUACCCCAGUGUCCUUCAGAGAGAGAAGGCCAAGCCUCCAAAGCCAAAGUGUCCUUGGCUUCGGAAGUGACUGGGCCCUGGGCCUGAGAAGUUCUCUAGCUUGGUACCAUGAGCAACAGAGAACCUGAAGAGCAAUUUCAUUCACCAGGUAUCGAAGUAGUGUGGACAUGGAUGUGGAGGCCAGCAAUGGUAUUGGUGAAAAGUCUUGCGUGGCAACUCACAGCAGUUUGGUUCAUGGAAAAAGGGCCAUCCGAACUGGGAUUUUCCUUAGAAAAAACAGAAAAAAGGAGAAAAAACAGGGGAAUGCCACCUGUCCUGACUCAAAGCCCCUCCUGGGUUUCAGCACCAAAUGUAAGGUUUGCUGGAAAGGAAGCCCACCACAUGGUUUAAGCAAAGAAGAGUUUAUUGAGGGGAGAGUGAACUGCAGGCCCACACAAGAUGGAGGUGCCAGAAGACAGGGGAAGGAAGAAGAGAGAGAGGGAAGAUGUAUAUUGAGCCAGAUUAUAUAUAGGGAAAGGCUGGAGGUGGGACCACAGCUGGUAUGGACGUGAUCUCAGAGCCUGAGGAACCUCUCACUGUCUGAGGAAGGUAUGACCAAGGUGGUCCAGGUUGUGACCUCAGCGGAUGAAGUGACCUCAGAAUUUGGGUCCUUUGCUGACUCUCAGACAGGUGGCUGACAGUUUCUGUAGAAAAUGUUUCUUGACUGCAAUGAGAGAAAGCGGAAUACAUUGUCCCCUGUGUCGUGGAAAUGUGACUAGAAGAGAAAGAGCAUGUCCAGAACGGGCCUUAGAUCUUGAAAAUAUCAUGAGGAAAUUUUCUGGUAGUUGCAGAUGCUGUGCAAAACAGAUUAAAUUCUAUCGAAUGAGACAUCAUUACAAAUCUUGUAAGAAGUAUCAGGAUGAAUAUGGUGUUUCUUCUGUCAUUCCAAACUUUCAGAUUUCUCAAGAUUCUGUAGGGAACAGUAACAGGAGUGAAACAUCCACCUCUGAUAACACAGAAACUUAUCAAGAGAAUUCAAGUUCUGGGCAUCCUACCUUUAAGUGUCCCUUGUGUCAAGAGUCAAAUUUCACCAGACAGCGUUUACUGGAUCACUGUAACAGUAACCACCUAUUUCAGAUAGUUCCUGUGACAUGUCCUAUCUGUGUAUCUCUUCCUUGGGGAGAUCCUAGCCAGAUUACUAGAAAUUUUGUUAGUCAUCUAAAUCAAAGACAUCAGUUUGAUUAUGGAGAAUUUGUGAAUCUUCAGCUAGAUGAGGAAACCCAAUAUCAAACUGCUGUGGAAGAAUCUUUUCAAGUAAACAUCUGAAGUCUAUAGACAUCUCUGCAUCUUUGUACCUGCAAGUGCCAUCUUUAAGGGGAAAACUACAUGAAGUCACUGUUUCAGUAACUUGAUAUGUAUAUUAAUAAAGUAAUUCAGUCUA